CGGAUCAUCUCUGUCUUCUUUCUGCCCCACUUGGAAGAACAACGUUACCGUGGUAACCUACAGGAAGUGGCUGCUAUGCUCAAGUCCAAACACCAAGAUAAGUUCCUGGUGAGUUAGGGGGGAAAGGACUACUGUAUUUGGAAAAAAGCAAUUCACACAUCCAAAAUGUGAACUAGGUUGUGUUCAUUAGGCAUCAAAGGCAACUAAGCAGACUGAAACAGGGAGGGAGGGACUACGCUCGUUUAAAUGUUCUUGCAAAUCGUUUUCAAACUUUUGCGUGCACUAAUGAACAUGACCCUGGUGCUGGGAACAUCAGUCGAUACAUAUGUAUAAAAAGAAGCCCACAUACCAUAUUGCCACUCCCCAAAGUUAAUUUAUUGUCUUAUCAUCCCACCCUGAGAGGACUGGUGUGGGUGCAUGCUUUUGCUCCCGCCAAGCAGUAACACUGCUAAUUAAAUGUAUCAACUAAUCAUUGUCCCAAAUUAAGGCUUUGAUUUUUGGAACGGGGCAUUUUACUACUCAGCUGAAGCAAAAGUCUGCACCCACAACGGCCUUUACAAAGUAAGGUUUCCCACUUCUGUCUAUAUGGAGAUCAAAUGGACAUUUAAACUGAAUAAAUGUAUUGAAUUAUCCAUUUUGAUCACACAUUAUACUCACAAAAUGCAAUGAAAAGGAGAUCAUAUUUAAUUUGAAACAGAUUUUAAGUUCCAACUUAAACUUUUAUAACACCAAAAACAAAGGUGUGUUUGUUUGUUGUUUGUUUGUUUAUUUACUUGUUCUGGCAGAAAUGUAAUGAUCUGUGAACAACAGUGUUUUGUAUCGUAACCUGCGAACAAUUGUGAACCAUUGAGGUAGCGCCAUCUUCUUCCAUUACUCUUUUAUAUAGCAAGUGACCAAUACUCAUGCUUACAUUCCGUUUGGGUAUUAACUAUGUUACUGUGUGGUGUUAUAAAGAAGCAAUACAAACAGUAUAUUGUUCUUUUUAAACAAACGCUAAUUGUUUUGUUUCCUCCAAUCACUUACGUGAUGUGCAUUUUUGCCACACAACUUGCAGUCAACGUUGAGGCAAUGUUGUGUGGUGGUUGUGUGCUUGCUGGGUAUGACAUUGUUGAUUUCCUAUUCUUUUUGUCUCAACGUCUCCCUCUACCAGCUCUUAAACCUGUCUGAGAAGCGUCAUGACAUCACACGACUCAACCCCAAGGUAGGACGACUACAUACACACUAGGUCUGACCCCAUUUUGUCGACUGUUUGGUCGAUAGGCUGUUGGUCGGCCGAGACUAUAUAUAUAUAUAUAUAUUUUUAUUUUUUUUAUGGCUCAUGAGACACCUGUCUGAUUCACGCCGCUGGGAUGGCACACCAGUAUCACCAGUAGUACAUUUACCUUUAAUUCCCAUAAUUUAUCAUCCACAAUAUUUGUUUGGUUACGGUAAUUUAUGUUAAUGCAUUCAAUAUAAUAUUAUUAUUACAGUAUUUCACCGUUCUCAUUGUCAGAAUGGACACGUUGUUUGCGGACCACACUUGUGAGGAACACGUUUUGGUUUAUUUCAUUCCAUUUACGAGUUGUCAAUUUAUUAAUUGUCUUUUAUUUGUAGCGCUCCUGUCAAUGUUCAGUAAGGACAUGCACCUGAUUAUGCAUUGGAGUAGGCCUAGGCCUGCGUGCAAAUGUAGGCCUAUAAAUGUGGCCAUUUGCAGAGCUGAUAGUAUUUCUGAUUGUCUUAACUCACCACCACUGUGGAGCUUCUCAAAUAUUAUUUUUUCUUCACCUCAAAUACAGUGAGGGAAAAAAGUAUUUGAUCCCCUGCUGAUUUUGUACGUUUGCCCACUGACAAAUAAAUGAUCAGUCUAUAAUUUUAAUGGUAGGUUUAUUUAAACAGUGAGAGACAGAAUAACAACAAAAAAAUCCAGAAAAACACAUGUCAAAAAUGUAAUAAAUUGAUUUUAAUUUUAAUGAGGGAAAUAAGUAUUUGACCCCCUCUCAAUCAGAAAGAUUUCUGGCUCCCAGUUGUCUUUUAUACAGGUAACGAGCUGAGAUUAGGAGCACACUCUUAAAGGGAGUGCUCCUAAUCUCAGUUUGUUACCUGUAUAAAAGACACCGGUCCACAGAAGCAAUCAAUCAAUCAGAUUCCAAACUCUCCACCAUGGCCAAUACCAAAGAGCUCUCCAAGGAUGUCAGGGACAAGAUUGUAGACCUACACAAGGCUGGAAUGGGCUACAAGACCAUCGCCAAGCAGCUUGGUGAGAAGGUGACAACAGUUGGUGUGAUUAUUCGCAAAAGGAAGAAACACAAAAUAACUGUCAAUCUCCCUCGGCCUGGGGCUUCAUGCAAGAUCUCACCUUGUGGAGUUGCAAUGAUCAUGAGAACGGUGAGGAAUCAGCCCAGAACUACACGGGAGGAUCUUGUCAAUGAUCUCAAGGCAGCUGGGACCGUAGUCACCAAGAAAACAAUUGGUAACACACUACGCCGUGAAGGACUGAAAUCCUGCAGCGCCCGCAAGGUCCCCCUGCUCAAGAAAGCACAUAUACAGGGCCGUCUGAAGUUUGCCAAUGAACAUCUGAAUGAUUCAGAGGAGAACUGGGUGAAAGUGUUGUGGUCAGAUGAGACCAGAAUCGAACUCUUUGGCAUCAACUCAACUCGCCGUGUUUGGAGGAGGAGGAAUGCUGCCUAUGACCCCAAGAACACCAUCCCCACCGUCAAACAUGGAGGUGGAAACAUUAUGCUUUGCGGGUGUUUUUUUUCUGCUAAGGGGAAAGGACAACUUCACCGCAUCAAAGGGACGAUGGACGGGGCCAUGUACCGUCAAAUCUUGGGUGAGAACCUCCUUCCCUUAGCCAGGGCAUUGAAAAUGGGUCGUGGAUGGGUAUUCCAGCAUGACAAUGACCCAAAACACACGGCCAAGACAACAAAGGAGUGGCUCAAGAAAAAGCACAUUAAGGUCCUGGAGUGGCCUAGCCAGUCUCCAGACCUUAAUCCCAUAGAAAAUCUGUGGAGGGAGCUGAAGGUUCGAGUUGCCAAACGUCAGCCUCGAAACCUUAAUGACUUGGAGAAGAUCUGCAAAGAGGAGUGGGACAAAAUCCCUCCUGAGAUGUGUGCAAACCUGGGGGCCAACUACAAGAAACGUCUGACCUCUGUGAUUGCCAACAAGGGUUUUGCCACCAAGUACAAAGUCAUGUUUUGCAGAAGGGUCGAAUACUUAUUUCCCUCAUUAAAAUGCAAAUCAAUUUAUAACAUUUUUGACAUGCAUUUUUCUGGAUUUUUUUGUUGUUAUUCUGUCUCUCAAUGUUCAAAUAAACCUACCAUUAAAAUUAUAGACUGAUCAUGUCUUUGUCAGUGGGCAAACGUACAAAAUCAGCAGGGGAUCAAAUACUUUUUUCCCUCACUGUAGCAAGUAAACAAAGUAUGUUUUUACAUCCAUUGAGAAUGACAAUAGUUCCUCAACGUAGCCUAUUUGAAAAAUCUUUCCAGCUCUCUUUUGAUAACGACUCAGCGUGAAAGGGGAAAAAAAUGUAAUGCUCGUAUCUGGUGGAAACGUCAUAAAAUAGGCCUACCUGAUUACUUCUUAUCCCUUGCGCAAAUAGCCUACAGCUUUGUCUGUCCGGAGCUCACUUGCUCAGGAAACUCUGAGUGCCCAGAAUAUUUUAUACAAUGUUGCAAGUUUGCUAGCAUGAGCUUCAGGCCAGACCCAGGUUAAUAGUUGAAUCAAUGUUUCAAGUUCCUUGCAGACAGGCCAUGCAUAACCAAUGUAAUUUAUAGGAUAUUUAUUUUUAUCAGGAUAUUUUCUACAUGCAGGCUGCAAUGUUUUUAUUUGUUGGCUUUAUGUAGGCUAUUUUUACAUAGUUGCCAAUGGCAAUAGAAAUUACUUUUAGAAUUUUGAUUAACCAAAUGAUAAAGAUAUUGAGAUACUAAUUAAAUGAAACUGUUCCACGAAAAUGUGCAUAUGAAAAUCAUAACUGGCACGCAGAUCGGUCGAAAUGGUGAGAUAAAUUGGCCCUCCAAAUGGAAAAGGGUUGACAACCCCUGGGGUAGGCUAUUACCUACCGGCAACUUCAAGAGCUUAAUGGCAGAAUCUGGUUAUGCUAUCUUGAUCUCUGGCUCCCUAUUCAGUCAUUUGUGUGUCUAUUUAAUCACAGUGUGCUUAAAGCAUCAGACAAGCUCAGUAGCCUAAAUAUAGUUUAUUUUAUUAAAACACAUAUAAAGGGAAAAAUACAAAUUGUACAAUUUUGACCAAUCGAUUGGUCGAAAGAACAGACUACUCUAGGUCGACCAAGAUUGUUUUUUUGUCCACAUCUGUUUUUGCUGUCUUGCCAACUACUAUGGUCAUAUUGUCAUGCCAAACAUGGAGUUGGCAAGACAGUAAUAAAUAAUAAUAAUAUGCCAUUUAGCAGACGCUUUUAUCCAAAGCGACUUACAGUCAUGUGUGCAUAAAUUGUUCAUAUGGGUGGUCCCGGGGAUCGAACCCACUACCCUGGCGUUACAAGCGCCAUGCUCUACCAAUUGAGCUACAGAGGACCACAGAUCUGGGAGCAGGCUAACUAAAUAGCCCUCAGAACCUAAAAUGUUCUCUCAUCUUCAGGUUGAAGACUUUGGUUGGCCCGACCUGCACGCCCCUCCACUGGAUAAGAUCUGUGCCAUGUGUAAGGCCAUGGAGACCUGGCUGACCUCUGACCCCAGCAACGUGGUUGUCCUGCACUGCAAGGUCAGGGAGGGUUUAGUGACUUGUUGUAUUGUGUUGUGUUUUCUGUUCAAAUAUGUCCAGUUAUCUUACAUCUCUCUUUUCUUUUCUUUUUUCUUUUUUCUCGCUCACAGGGAAACACAGGGAAGACGGGGGUCAUUGUGGGUGCCUACAUGCAUUACAGCAAGAUCUCUGCAGGGUAUGUGAUGUGUGUGUGUGUGUGUGGGGCGGGGGGGGGGGGGGGGGGGGUAGCCUGUUUAUUGAUAGCCUGUUUGUGUGUGUGUAGGGCGGACCAGGCCCUGACCACUCUGGCCAUGAGGAAGUUCUGUGAGGAUAAA